UCUGGGUGGGGCUGGAACCCAUCUUUCCUUACACAGAGUCCAUACUAUAAGAAGGUAUUUGUCUACCAAGGCUGGAGUUUUAACUCAGUGCACACUUGGCCAAGUGUUCACUGGUUGGUCUUAACAUUACAGGGGCCCAGCUGGCCUGUCACUGUUCCUUGUCUGUAGACAGUGGUGCACUAGGCCGGGUUGUUGAGAAGGGAGGUAUAGAGAAACAGCAGACCCAUUGGAUGUUAAGGCUGAGAUCCAAAUCCUAGCCUACGGGAAAGCAGUUGCCUGGGAAUACGGCAAUGAAGCUGGGCGCAGCGGCCUUGUGCCUGUGCCUCCUUGCAGCAGCAGUAUGGCUGGGCCUCUCAAUGACAACAUCGGAGUCAUCUGGAGGAGGGCCUGGAGGAGGUGGAGGAGCGCCUGGAGGAGGUGGAGGAGGAGGAAGAAAAAAAUGUUCUCCUACACCCUUGCCGAAAGCAGACGUCUCACUGUGCCGGGACCUUGAAGUUUCCUACCCAGAGUUGGGGAACAUCAGCUGCCAAGUUGUUCCCAAGUGCAACAUGUACAGACGGAAGAUCACAAAUUGGCCCCAGCCGAAAGUCAAGUAUCCCGCCGCCUUGGAUGGUUCAUACUACGUGCUGGUGAUGGUGGAUCCAGAUGCCCCCAGCAGGGCAGACCCCCAGAUGAAAUACUGGAGACACUGGCUGGUGGCCAACAUCCAAGGUGCCGACCUAAAAACUGGGACUAUUCGGGGCAGCGUGAUAACAGACUACGGGCCUCCUACCCCCCCACCGACCACUGGCUUACACCGCUACCAGUUCUUCAUCUUUCUUCAGGGAACUUCAACCAUCCCUACCCCCCCCAAACAAAAUGAAAAUCGAGGUGCUUGGGAAAUGGACGAUUUUCUGCAGAACUACCAGCUGCCACAGCCCAAAACAAGCACCCAGUUCAUGACUGAGUUUGAUGGGGCUUAGCCAGCAGGUUUUGGAAGAAUGAACGAGGUGAAAGGCAAACUUAGUGAAAAUUAACUGUUCACUGAGCUGCAAACUGUACCUUCCAGGUGUGUGCCCAUGUCAUGUAAUCCACUACAGAUGGUCUGGAGACAGAAUCUCCUCUUGUUAUCUUCCAAAUUAAAAAAAAGAAAGAAAGAAAGAAA